AUGGUUGAUAGAAAAAGAACUAUAAAGGUGGAAGAUGAUGAGAGUGAAGAUGACACACCAUUGAAUAAAAAGAUAAAGCUAGAGUCAAAGGAGACGACACCUGUUGUGGAUAAGAAAGUAGCCGAGACAGCGAAGAACGAUGAAGUUAAAGUAGAGGAUGCUAACGACAAUGAACAGUCGAAUGAUGAUGACGAUGGCGCUGGUGAGGACAACGAUGAUGAUGGCGACGGCGAUGACGAUGACGAUGACGAUGAUGAUGAUGAUGAUGAUGAUGACGAGGCAGAAGAAGAGCGAAAACGAAUAACGAACUUUAAUUUUGAUGGAGAAAUCUACACAUUCAAAGAGCGACCCUCAGUUAUUGAGGAAAAAGAAGGCAAGAUUGAGUUUAGAGUGGUGAACAACGACAAUACAAAGGACAGUCUAAUAGUUUUGACAGGUCUCAAAAACAUUUUCCAAAAGCAGUUGCCAAAAAUGCCACGUGAAUAUAUUUCGCGAUUAGUUUACGAUCGUUCACACUUGUCCAUGGCUGUUGUACGAAAGCCGCUCACAGUAGUCGGUGGUAUAACAUACAGACCUUUCAAUAAUAGAGAAUUUGCUGAGAUUGUGUUUUGUGCAAUCUCCUCCACUGAGCAAGUUCGCGGUUAUGGUGCCCAUUUGAUGAAUCAUUUAAAAGACUAUGUUAGAGCAACAUCACCGAUCAAGUAUUUUUUAACUUAUGCUGACAAUUAUGCCAUUGGUUACUUUAAAAAGCAAGGUUUCACGAAAGAGAUCACGCUUGAUAAGUCGGUGUGGAUGGGCUACAUUAAGGAUUAUGAAGGUGGAACUUUAAUGCAAUGUUCGAUGCUCCCGUCGAUCCUUAGAUAUCUUGACCUGGGAAAGAUACUUCUUUUACAAAAAGCGGCAAUUGAAAGGAAAAUCAGGCUGCGGUCAAAGUCUAAUAUUGUGCGACCGGGGCUCCAAAUAUUCAAAACAAACAAAAAUGUGACACUUGAUUAUAAGGAUAUACCCGGGUUGGCCGAAGCGGGAUGGCUGGAGGAGAUGGAUAAGUUAGCGCAAAAGCCAAAAAGGGGCCCGCAUUACAAUUUCAUGGUUACACUUUUUUCAGAAAUGCAAAACCAUCCUUCUGCUUGGCCAUUUGCUGUUCCUGUCAACAAGGAUGAAGUUCCAGACUAUUAUGAUGUCAUUAAAGAGCCCAUGGAUUUAUCUACAAUGGAACUGAAAUUGGAAAACGAUAAAUAUGAAUCAUUUGACCAAUUUUUGUACGAUGCAAGGUUGAUUUUCAAAAACUGUCGAUCUUAUAACAGUGAGUCUACAACGUAUUUCAAGAAUGCCAACAAAUUGGAAAAAUUUAUGAACAACAAGAUAAAGGAUAGUGCCGAGUAUUCCCAUUAUUUAGACUAG